GCUCACAUCCACGUGCUUACUUCAGGCAGUUACAAACGCGCUCCGCCGAUGAGCCUAUGACACUCUUUUAUAGAUGUUGCAAUCACGAGUGUGCUCACACGUGGCGAGUCGACUAAUCUCGCAGGAGUGGAAUACGACAAGCAUUAGAUAUAUCAUGAGCCCCAGCUCAAUGGGUCCCAUGAAAGUUGUUAUGAAUAAGGCUAAGGAAGAGAUAAAGAUGCUUGGACCAAAAGAGAGGCACUUCUUCUGUGGCGGUGAUCGGAGCGUUGCGAUGGCAGCGGAGUUAUUGCGGCAGGGAAAAGUGAUCGCAGUGCCGACAGACACAGUGUAUGGUCUUGCUUGCCUGGCUGCUAAUUCACACGCCGUCCAGCGGCUAUAUGAGAUCAAGCAACGAGACGAGAGAAAGCCAUUGGCUGUUUGCUUGAGUAAUGUCAAGGAGGUAGGUAUAUGGGGCAUUAUAGACGACAUUCCAACUGGUAUGCUGGAAGAUCUGCUUCCUGGACCCUACACAAUAUGCCUGCGGCGCACACCUGCUCUGAACAAGGAUCUAAAUCCAGGUAUCGACACUGUGGGUAUCCGUGUGCCCAAUAACAAGUUCAUUCGCAGUGUCGUCCAGAUCGUUGGUCCACUUGCGCUUACCAGUGCCAAUGUUAGCAAAGAACCGAGCAGUCUGCACCCAAACGAGUUUUGCGCAUUAUGGCCAGAGCUUGAUGGUGUCUUCCACAGCUCUAAUGAUUGCAAGAAACAGAUCGAUGCGCGCAGGAUCGGUUCCACCGUGGUGGAUGUGUCGAAACUCGGUUGUUAUUCGAUUGUGCGUCGCGGUAUUUCUGCGCAUGUCAUCAUCAGGAUAUUAGAAAAGUACCGUCUGAAAAUGAACACAACAGUAUGA